UUGUCCUCAACCCAGUUUGGCGCUAUACCCUCUAUGCUUCUAAGCAUCUAUCCAUAUCCAUUCCAUAAAAUUUUCCGAAAACGACAGACGACAAAAAAGAGGUUACUUUGAGGUUAUUGCGUUAUUGGUAGAUAUAAAAGUGAUUUAAAAAAUAGAAUUGUGUUGAAACUCAAUUUUGAGAUGGCUGCAAUAGAAGAUCCAAGAACCUUGUUAAACAGCGAUGGCUCAACAUAUUCCCUCUUUGAUAAAGUUAUGGGUCCAUCCAUUCUUGGCUUCUGUACUGGAUCUCUCAGUGUAUAUUACGACUACUCAAAAAAUAAGCCCAUUCAAGCUGGUGCACUGAAGCAUGUGGCUUUGUUGGUGGCGGGAGCGUAUGCUGGACAUCUGUUGGCUGAGAGAAGGAAUGCUCAUAACAGGGACAGGGACGCUGCCUACCGCCAUUACAUAGAGCUACACCCAGAAGACUUUCCAGCCCCAAAGAGAGUUCUGAUCAAAGAUAUGAUGAAGAAAUGGUCCCCUAGUCGUUGAAUGCAGUUACUCAUUGCUAAGUGCGUUCCCUCUAUGCUUUUAGUGUGAAAAGUUGUAUAUUUAUAAUUGUUGAAUUCAUCAGUAAAAAAUAAAUUCAUCAUUAUUUGUUGAUUUA